AUGGCCCCCACUCACCGUCGCGGACCUUGGGUCCCUGAAGAGGACCAGUUGCUCCUCCAGCUUGUCCGCGAGCAAGGCCCCAACAACUGGGUUCGCAUCUCUCAACACAUGCACUACCGCUCUCCCAAGCAGUGCCGGGAGCGCUUCCACCAGAACCUGAAACCCUCAUUGAACCGCGAGCCGAUCUCUGCGGAAGAGGGCUUGGUGAUUGAACGCAUGGUUGGCGAGAUGGGCAAGUGCUGGGCGGAGAUUGCGCGGCGACUUGGGAACCGCAGCGACAACGCUGUGAAGAACUGGUGGAACGGCAGCAUGAACCGCAAGCGCAGAGGCCUUCACACCGUGGGCUCUCCGACCCAGACUCACUCUCGCACUCCCAACGGCCGCAUCGAGCCGCCAUACCACCGCGCCUCACUGGCCAGCAGCCCCAUCCUCCGCUCUCGAUUCCCCUCCAUCUCCCACGACAUGCCCUUUACUUCCUGGACGAAAUCAUCCGCGCCUUCUCGCAGGGAAUCCUGCUCAACCGCCUCGACCUACUCCCGUCAACUCACCCCUCUCUACACUCUUCCUGCUCUCAACCGGCCUGUCGACGCACCCUUGACGUCGCCUGCUUUCUCAGACACUUCCAACGCCCCGUCGCUCGAACCCCCGUCAAUGGUCUCUGACCACAACUCUGUUUCUUCUUCCUCUCCUCGCACCGUCGCCUCGCCACAGCUCCUCCCUCUUCCAGUGGACACUCGGUAUCAGUACGCUGAGCUGCCGCGGCCGCAAACAUCAGACGAACUGUACUUCUCCAACUUCCCAGGGAAACUGCCCGAACCCUCAAAACCCUACUGGCUCUCUUCUGAAGAGAAGAUCGAAUCCCGGCGUGACUCGCGAAUGGGCCUCGACAACUUAUUGAACUGA